AUUAAAAAAAGAUUAUCCAGAAUACACAUCUACACUUCACACGCGUUUAUGUAGUUAGUUAAUUAGUUAUUAUUAUGAUCUUAUAAACACAAAGUGUUCGUUCUUUCUUUCUAACAAACGAACAGAGAAAUGUCUUCUAAACAGAAACAGACUUACAGCGUUUGCUUUUGCUGCCGGCGACGGUUUAAACUCGGCGUAUCGGAGGCACCGCCGGAGAUAAGGGAAUUUUUUCACCGUUACUGCGAUGAAAACGGGAUCAUGACUGCAUCUCACCUGCGAAGGUUUCUGACUGAGGUCCAGAGAGAAGAGAAGAUCACAGAGGAAGAAACACAAGCCAUCAUCGACGGUCACAAACAUUUGAGUAUCUUUCAUCGAAGGGGUCUAAAUCUCGAAAGUUUCUUCAAGUUUCUAUUCAGUGAUGAUAAUCCUCCUCUCUUACCUUCUCGUGGGGUGCACCAAGAUAUGACUUUGCCAUUGUCUCAUUAUUACAUAUACACUGGUCAUAAUUCCUAUCUAACUGGAAAUCAGCUUAGUAGUGACUGCAGUGAUGCCCCCAUCAUCAAUGCACUGCAGAGAGGUGUAAGGGUUAUCGAAUUAGAUAUAUGGCCUAAUGAUUCCAAGGAGGAUAUUCAUGUUCUUCAUGGAAGGACAUUGACUACUCCCGUCGCGCUUAUCAAAUGUUUGAGGUCUAUUAAGGAGUACGCCUUUGUCGCGUCAGAAUACCCGGUUGUAAUAACCUUAGAAGACCAUCUUACUCCUGAUCUUCAGGCCAAAGUGGCUAAGAUGGUUACUCAAACAUUUGGAGACAUACUAUUUUGUCCUAGCUCAGAAUCAUUGAAGGAAUUUCCUUCUCCUGAAUCACUUAAAAAGAGGAUUAUCAUAUCAACUAAACCACCUAAGGAGUACCUUGAGGCAAAAGAAGGAAAGGAAAAGGGAGAAUCACAGAGGGGAAAGCCUUCAGAUGAUGAAGAAGCUUGGGGCAAAGAAGUCCCCAGUUUGAGAGGCGGUACCAUAGCAGAUUACAAGCAGAACAGUGGGGAUGAUGAAGAUGAUCUUACUGAAGAGGAUGAUGAUCUAGAUGAAGCAGAAAAGUUGGGUCAAAAUGGAUCGGAUGAAUAUAGACGUUUAAUUGCCAUUCAUGCUGGGAAGCCUAAAGGUGGACUAGAGGAAGGUCUCAAAGUGGAUCCUGAUAAAGUGAGACGUCUAAGUUUAAGUGAGUCACAGCUCGAAAAGGCGGCUGAAACAUAUGGAAAAGAAAUUGUCAGGUUUACUCAGCGGAAUAUACUUCGGGUGUAUCCGAAGGGUACACGCAUUACCUCAUCAAAUUAUAAUCCAUUAAUUGGGUGGAUGCAUGGAGCUCAGAUGGUUGCAUUUAACAUGCAGGGGUAUGGGAGAUCUCUUUGGUUGAUGCAGGGAAUGUUUAAAGCCAAUGGAAGGUGUGGUUUUGUUAAAAAACCAGAUUUUCUAUUAAAGACUGGUCCCAAUAAUGAGGUUUUUGAUCCUAAAGCUCCUUUGCCUGUGAAAACUACUUUGAAGGUGACUGUAUAUAUAGGAGAAGGAUGGUAUUAUGAUUUCAAGCAUACACACUUUGAUCAAUUCUCACCUCCUGAUUUCUAUGCAAGGGUGGGGAUUGCUGGAGUCCCUUUCGAUACUACUAUGAAAAAAACUAAGUCAAUAGAGGAUAAUUGGCUACCUUCUUGGAAUGAGGUAUUCGAGUUUCCUCUUUCUGUUCCGGAGUUGGCUCUCCUUCGCAUCGAAGUUCAUGAAUAUGACAUGUCUGAGAAAGAUGACUUUGGUGGCCAAACAUGUUUACCCGUGUCGGAACUAAGAAGUGGAAUUCGAGCAGUUCCAUUACAUUCCCGCAAAGAUGUUAAAUACAACAAUGUUAAGCUUCUCAUGCGCUUUGAAUUCAUCUGAUUUUGUGCAUUCUUUGCUCUAUAUUUUUGUACAGCCAUUACAAUAUAACGGAAGAGUUUGUAUUUAGCUGUGUAGUAUAUAUUGCUUAUUUUGGACGAUUUUCUUUUCAAUCUUUUGGUAUUUGCCCGAAUAUCUAAGAGUGUGAGUGAGAAUAAUCUGUUGGUGGUUGAUGAUGUUGUCUCUACCAAAGAGUGUGUUUCCUCUGAUUUUGAGUGAUGUUUUAAGAAAUAAGAUGUGUAUCAUUGUUGUAAGGCUUGUCAAUACUCUUUAGUAUGAAGGCAUUGUUUUGAAAGGCAAAAGCCAAGUCCCGCACCAUGCAAGAUUAUGAUGAGUAGCCAAAACAUCUAUUGUAAAA